AAUUUUAAUGGAAUAUGUAAAACGAUUGCUAUAAGUCUAUGUCCUUUAAUAGGACAACAUAAUGGAAUAGAGCCUGUUUGUUAUUCUCGUAAUGUAGAAUUAAGUGGAAAUAUCAUCUUUCAGCCAUCUACAUUGAUUAUUGAUGUUGUUGCUAUUAUAAUGACAAUGAUUAUGAUUUAUCACAUUAGGUCAAAAUAUACUGCAGUUGGUCGUCAGGAAAUCGUCAUGUUCUUUUAUUUGUAUAUGCUUACUACUCUACUUGAUAUGCUAUUAGUAACAGGCAUCAUACCGACAUCAUCUACUGCAUAUCCUUGGUUUACAGCAAUACAUAUCGGCUUAGGUUGCGCAACCUUUUGGUGUCUAUUAUUAAAUGGAUUUGUCGGUUUUCAAUUUGCUGAAGAUGGAACUCCUUUAUCACUUUGGUCCAUUCGUAUCAGUUCUUUCAUUUGGUUCCUCGUUACUGGUUUCUUGGCUAUCGGUACAUUCAAAGGUGUUGCUGGUCUUUCUUAUACAAAUCAGGCUGCUUUAUGGAUCUUUUAUAUCGUUUUGAACUACUUCAUGUUUUUCAUUUACAUCAUUUCUCAAAUCAUACUCGUUGUCAAUACUUUGGAUGAUAGAUGGCCAUUAGGAGAUAUCUUAUUUGCUGCUGCCUUCUUUGCUGUUGGUCAAGUCCUGAUGUAUGUCUUUUCAGUUGUCAUUUGUGACAACACAAAACACUAUGUGGAUGGUAUGUUCUUUGGUGCUAUCUGUAACUUGCUUACUGUCAUGAUGAUUUACAAGUACUGGGACUCUAUCACCAAAGAAGAUCUCGAGUUUUCAGUGGGUUCAAAGCAAAAUGUUUGGGAAGUAAAGGAAUUGAUGACUGAAGAUGAUCAUACUCCAUAC